GCAAAACACGAUAAUUUACAAAUACCCAACUUCUUCUUUCUUCCCUUCUUUUCUUAACUCAUUUUCAUUACAUUCAACAUGCCAAGUCAAAAGACCACUACACCACAUCAGUGCUCUCACACACCUAAACCACAGACAUUUAUGUGUCGCAUAACCUCUGGUUUCUGUACAUGUUGUGGCGUUGACAUUUCACGAUUCAGUCAUGAAUUCUGGUGUCGACACGCAAAUAGCUAAAGAAUCUCAACCGAACCACAUCAACGAACAAUACCAAAAAAACGAAAGACCAAUACAAAUAACACAUACACGCACAAACUAUCAUAAUGUCAUUGACACUAUCAUUACUAUUACCAUUACCAUCACCAUUACCAUAACGAUCAUCAUUAUCAUUAUCAAACCAACACGCUAAAUCCAAAACCAAGAAAAAAAAAGAUACACAACUAACGAGGCGAGAAAACACCCAAACAAACCAAGAAUCCAAGAGAAAAAGAACAUCUUGUAGCCAUAUUUCUUUCUUUUUUUUCUUAAAUGAAAGCACACGCACACACGCACACACGCACACACGCACACACGAAUGAAUGAACGAACGAACGAAUGAACGAACGAAUGAACGAAUGCACGCCUUAUAACAUUUCAUUAUAUAUAUAUUUAUAUAUGCCCACAUACUUCUUCCUUUUCUUCUUCUUUAAGCCUUUCAUUAAUUCAUUCGGUCAUGCAUUCAUUAAUUCAUUCAUUUAUUCAUUUAUUUAUUUAUUCAUUCAUUCAUUCAAUUAUUCAAUUAUUCAUUCGUUCAUUUAUGCAUUCAUUCUAUUUCCAACAGCAGCAACAACAAGAGAGAAUGGAAUAGUACAAUAGUAGUUCUCAUCUGUAUUAUGUAUAUUAUGUAUAUGUAAAUAUUCAACCUUUUUCUUAUUCUUUUUCUUAUCAUUUACUCUAUGACUAGAUCUUUAGAUAUUCAUUCCAACCACCAUUGAUUCUUUUAUACCCCGUUGUACCACUUUGACCCAAACAGGCUAUUAUUUUAUGACGUAUGGGCCAGCUGUAUCUUUUCUUUUUUUUUUAUUAUUAUUAUUAUUUGCCAUGGCAACACAAGAACACAAUACUCUCUUUAUACAUUUGUUGUUUUUUUUAUUUUAUUUUAAACUUUUUAUUUAUAUAUAUAUAUUUCUUGGCUGUACAAAAUAAUAAAAAUAUUGAAAUUGUAAAUG